UGUACACUCAUAAGGGGGAAGCGUUCAUAGAAUUGAGCGUUUGCCAGCCCAGCUCAGCCAGAGAACUGUGCUCCUUCAGCCCAGCCGUGUUGUGUGUAUACAUUGCCUAUCAUUUACAACACACUAUUGCCGUGGAGGUGGCUUGUUCUUUUCGGUCCCUAUUAAAAAAAUAAUUGACUCAUUCACGGACAGCACUUCUUUCAGUACUGCAUUUCUAUAGAACAUGCUCUUAAAGUGGAAUUAUCCUGCCUAAUCUGUUACCGUUUCACUGCAAGCAGUGUGGACUUUGCAAGGAAUAAUUCUCAGCUCAAGUCUAUGUUUCCAACUUGGAAGAUAUAUUGUGAAUAUACUAUUCUUUUCCAUAACCCCAGAUCGCUGUGAGUGGAGUCCGGAGUCCUGUUGUAUAAUCGGGGACGCUGAGCGCAUCCCUCGUUUUCACUAUGUUGUGGCCAGAAUAAUUUGGUCUGUGCCAUUCUUGGUCGAUACCUGCCCCAUUCCCUCGCGAUCCACCGUUGCCUAGCUGAUUCCGAGGCGCAAGUUGAACCCCCGGAAGCAAGAUGAACAACUCGUCGGUCAAACGCAAGCACCCUGAAAAGGGCUCGAGUGACAGAUUUCCUGGAAACAAGCGGCGAUGCGAGAAGCGGAGUUCAUACAUCGAGGAGCUGUACGAGCUCAUCACGGCAAGCCUCAGCAACCCAGAGUCUCUGAACAUGAAGCCGGACAAGUGCGCCCUCCUACAAGAAACGCUCAGUCAGAUUAAACGCAUCAAGCAACAACAGGAUGCUGAACAUGGCGAAGAGGUACAGCACAGCCAUGUAUCGUCCAGUAAACCUGGGGUUCCUUCCGGAGACUCGCUGGGAAGUGUUUUACUUGAGACACUUGAUGGAUUCCUGUUUGUGGUCAAUAGCCAGGGAGAGAUAGAGUAUGUGACAGAGAAUGUCAACAGUUAUCUCAAUUAUCAACAGGAGGAUCUAAUAGGAACGUCAAUCUAUAGCUAUGUUCAUGUUGGAGACCAUAAUCCCUUUACUAAGUGCCUGCACCCAUCCACCAGUACAGCAACUUCAAGCAUCUGGGCUCCGGAUGCAGGCAACGCUCCCCAGUGUGGCCGUAAUCGCUCUUUCAAGUGCCGUAUGCAGGUGAAACCGGAGAAUGAUGAAUCGCUGGGGGCAGAGCGUUACGAUACCAUGAUGUGCACUGCCAUUUUGAAACCGGCCAUCAACAAAGAGAGCAACUCCUCAAAUAGUGAUGCAGAGGGUACAGUUCACCUAUUCUGCAUCGCAAGGCGGGCGUUGCCAGAGGAGCACAACUCCAUAUCAGACACCAUGGAGGAGUUCACCACCAAGCUAAGUCGGGAGUAUGUGAUACAGUCGGUCGACCUGUCUAGGGUCAAAGGUCUUUCGUUCUCACAGGAGGAAAUGCUGCAACAGACCAUCUUCAAGUACUGCCACGCAAGCUCAAGAACGGAACUCAAGAACCGUAUUGAUGAAGCUAUGGAGAAAGGUAAAAGCCUGAUGCCCAUGUACAAAUUUCAGCUGUCCAAAGACAACUGGGUUAAUAUUCAGACAUCAUUCUACACCACACACCAUCAUUCCGGUCAGCUGGAAUAUGUCGUCUGUGUCCACUCUGUCAUGAGAGAUAUGGACCCGAACCGUAACACGCCAGUGACUUCAUUACCUUCAACGAAUGUCAACCCUGCACCACACCCAACAAAUAUGAGCAACAUGUCGAACAUGAAGACGGAGCAGUUGUUGAAAGUGUUUACCAAUCAGAGACAAGGGAUGUCUCAUCAGAAAAUAAUGCAACUCAAAAACUUAGUGCAGCAAAAGCAACAGCAACAACAACACCAGCAGCAGCAGUCCCAGGCCGGCAUGUGGAACAGCAGUGGUGGGGGUGCCGUUGGGGUCGUUGCUGGUGGUGGGGGUCCAGCUGGACCUGUUUGUGGAGCUGGAGGUGUAGGAGGAGGAGGAGUGGGCGGAGUUGGUGGUAAUGGUGGUGUCCUCAACCCUGGUGUAAACAUGAUGGGAAGGGGCAACAUGGCCAUGAAUGGUGGACAAGGUGGGACAGGAGGAACUGCGGGAAACAUGCUCGGUGGAAACAUGAAUUACAACUCAAAUCAAAUGGCCGGGAUGGGCCCGGUCAUGGGGGACAAUGCACUCUAUAACCGAGGCAUGUCUGGGGGGACAAAUCCCAACAUGAUGUUCAAUCGCGGAGGUGCGGGUGGUGGUAGCGGUGGAGGUGCUGGCACCCCCGGCACCAACAGCGGUCCCAGUGACAUGACUAAACGCAACAAGAUGCCACCAGCAGCCACUGCUACCACGGGGAGCCUUCGAGGCAACCAGGAUAAUACAGAUGACGUGUUCUUGCCAGAAAAUAAUCAAGGGAAUAUGUACAAGAUGAUGAACAAUAGUGGGCCAACAAGAGGGAAUCAAGGGAAUAACAGGCUGGAUGAUUCCGGAAGCUUGAACCCUAGCCCUGAUACCAAUGAAAAAGAUGGAGACAGCAAGGAUGAUAACAUGCUGCAAGAUCUCCUCAAAGAAAAAGAUGAAACCCAGGGUGAUCCUGACAGUAGUAAAAACAGGUCAUCAACUCCUGGCUCGCAGAAGAAUGUCAAGCGCUUCCCAGAGAACGAUGAAGUCCUGGACAACAAUUCCCUACGCAACAUGAUGGAGAAGGCUGUCAAGGUGCCAGGUCAGAAUCCCAAAGCUCUAGAAGAUGGCGAGGAAGAUGGUUCACAAACGAAAAAGACCCCAAAGAUCCUUGGAGGGUUGUUGGAAGGAAACAAGAAGGUAAUGUUUGGCACGGGACUCUUGCCCAAAGAGCAGCCAGAGUUUGUAAGUAGUACAGUGGUUUCCACAACGACUAUAUGGAAGAAAGGCGAUGCAGAGCCAGAAUCGAACAAUAACAAUGGACAGUGUACCAGCAGUAGUGGUAAUGGAGGAAACGGCAGUAAUGGCGGUAAUGCUACCAACCAACAGAAGAAAAAGAAAGGGCAGUAUGUGUUAUUACAACAGCUCCUUAUGGAUGAUGAUUCCUCUGUGAAUAACAUUGUGAAGGGCAUGAAAGGCGAGGAUGAUGGGAAGAGUUCGCAGGACUCCACGACAAGCCCGACGGUAACGACGACCAAACCCCACAUGCCCUCAUCACAGGAUGGUGGCCUCGGUCUCGGUGUUGGAGGCGAUAUUGGGGAUGGUUUGGAAGAUCCUGAUGCUAUCAUGAAGCAGUUGAUCCAAGCCUUUGAGACCCUUGAAGACAAUGACCCCAACAAGCAUAGUGCCAUGAAUGAACUCUUGAGAGAAAUUGAAAACUCUGGUAAUGACACGCUCACAGGAAAUGAAUUGCAAGUGAAGCCCAAUCUGCAUGGUGGCUCUGGACCACCGUUCCAAACCAAGGAUGGCAAAAGCAACCAGAUGUCAUCGAGUGGCUCUGGCAUGCCCCCUCAGAUGACUGGUCAACAGCAGCAGGGCAUGCUGGGUGGCAUGCCUGGUCAGGGUGGUAGACCUAAUCAAAGGAACAACCAAUCUGGGGGCCCUCAAUCCCAGGUGCCCAAGUCAAUGAACAACAUGAUGGCUCCACCUAACCAGACUGCACCAGUAGAUAGUGGGAUGACAGCUGCUCAGAGCAUGGCGGCGCAACAGAUGUUGAGAGGUCAACAGCAACAACAGCAGCAGCAAUCACAAAAUUCCCAACAACAAGCUAAUUCAACACCAGAGCAACCCAUGUCCGAAGAUGAUGUCAAGCUCCUUGAACAGUUUGAGCAGUUCUUGAAGAGCAGCAACAUUCCGCUGCCAGAGAUAGAGAGUGCCUUCGGUCUGAACAAUGGAGGUACAGGUUCUACAGACUCAGCUGGAGGAAUGCCACAACAACCGCAGCAGCAACAGCAACAGGGACCUACCCAGCUUCCAAAUCGGCAUGGGACACCAGGUCCACAAGGUCAGACUCCAGGAGGCAACGUGGACACCAGGGUGUCACCUAUCACGGAUUUGUUGACUCAGCCAGGUGUACCCCGUCCAGGCAUGCCACAAGGGAACUUCCAGUCGGGGAUGGGUGGCAGCAACCCGGGCAUGCCAGGGUAUCAGUCUCAGCAGCAACAGCCGGGCAUGUCACAACAGCAGCAACAACAGCAGCAACAGCAGCAGCAUCAAAUGGGAAUGCCUGGCCAGAACAUGCCAGGGAUGAUGAUGGGUGGGCCGCAGGGUCAAGGACCAAGGUACCCAACACCAACAAACAUUCCGCACAUGGGGCAAGGGUAUGGAAUGCCGCCGCAGCAAGGCCAGCAGCAGCAUGCCAUGGGGCAGGGCAUGGGUGGGCCAGGUGGUGCUAUGCAAGGACCAGGGAUGUUCCCAUCCAGGCAAAGACAAUUAAGAGCUGCACUGAUGCUCAAGCAGAACAAGAAGCAGCAUCAGAUGAUGCAGCCCCAGCAGCCACAACAGCAACAGAUGUGGAACUUGCAACAACAAAGGCAACAACAGAUGCUACAGCAACAGCAAGCACAGCAGCAGCAGCAACAGCAAAGGAUGUUGCAACAACAACAGCAGCAACAGCAGCAGCAGCAACAACAGCAACAGCAACAACAGAAGAAUCUCAUGAUGCUCCACCAGCAAUCUCAACAACAGACCUUUUCGGGACCACAGGUCGGUGUUGCGGGAAAAGUUGCAACCACCAACAAAAAAAUGGAUUCACAAGGCUACAAUGAGUUCUCUGCAUCAAACAACAUUGUUCCACCUAAUGUUAGCAUACAGCCACCCAAACAGAAGAUGAUGUUUCCCAACCAGAUGAACCACCCGAUGGGUGGAGGGCCAGGAAUGGGACAGCAUCAAAUGGGUGGUGGCCCCCAGCAGUAUCCCCACAGAGCACCAGGUGCAGACUUCAGGCAACCUUCAUUCGGCCAGAUGAUGCCACCUCAAAGCCAGCAUAUGGGCUACCAAGGGGGGCAGAACUACCCCCAGGACUUUGGAGGGAUGGGAGGUAUGGGUAACAUGAUGCCCCCGGGCCAGGGAUCCAUGGGUAUGAACCCCAACCAGCAUCCCGGUAUGGGGGGCAUGAGGCCGACUGGUAUCAACCCCAACAUUCCCCGCCCCAACCUGAGCCAGGGACACGGCAUGGGUGCCAUGGGCAUGAAGCAGCACAUGCUUAGCCGUAGCCUGAGCAUGCCGCAGCAGAUGACGCCGGGCAACAUGGAACCCGAGCCGUAUGGUCAACCCUUUCAACAGCCGCAACUCCAACGGGCAAACUCGAUGGGGAUGACUUCCGGUAUGGGGAGCAUGCAAGGUGGUCAGAUGCCUGGUGGAAGUGGACAGAUGCCGGUUUCUGCCGGUCCAGGGGCGGGGACGCCGGGUAACAUGCGGUGGAACAAUGGUCAGAUGAACCCCAACCAAGGCACCGCCAGCAAUCCGGGGAUGGUACCUCCAGGGAUGAAUCAGCAGCAGAUGAGCGGUGCUGGAACCAUGACACCAGGAAGCAUGUCACAGGGUAUGGGACAGAGCAGUAUGGGACCUGACAUGUUUGGUAGUAUGCAACCCAACAUGGACUUGACAAGCUCAGCAAGGAAUCGGCGCACUCCAGUUGGAAACAUGACCACAACUCAGGCUGGUGGUGGAAUCCGACCCGGAUUACCGAUGCCCACCUCCAUCCCCACUCCCAUCAACCUGCCAAGCCUUGCAAGCAUCAGCUACAACAGCAACAGCAGCAACCCAAACCAACCCACCUCCACCACUACCACCACUCCACAGCAGCAAACACAGCAGCAGCAGAUCCCCCAACCCACCUCCCAAAACCAGCAACAACCACCACCACAACAGCAGCAGCAACACCAGCAAGGGAUGAAGACCAUUACUGUAACAUCGACGACCAGUGUCCCGUCAACUGCCAGUGCUCCUGGACAGCAAAGUAGCCACAUGGGUGGUUCAGCAGCUUACCGGGGUAACAUGGGCAGACCCGGUGGACCAGGGGGUAACAACAUGGCACCCCCUACACAGGAUCUAGACAUACUUGGGCUCACUAUGGAACUUCUUGAUCCCACCUACAACAAAGAUGAGAAGAACGUUGGAUUGGAAGCAAGCAAGGGCAUGGGACCAGGUCAGGCCAACAGCUAUGUCAGUCAGCCGGAUAGCACUGGACCUGUACGACCCGGCGGCACUUCGUCCUAUGCAGAGAACCAGGCUAGGCAGGAUGCAAGGAAAAGAUAUCAGGAGUUUGUGGAGAUCUCCAAUGCCAAGGAAGCACCGGAUGCAACCACCCGCGCCUCCAACCUAUUCCGUAACCAGCUGAAGCAGAGACCAGGGGGACCUGGAGGAGGGCCAGGGGGUAUGAUGCCUGGACAGGGUCAAGGGGGUUUCCCACCAGGAGCUGAUGAGAUGGGUGGCCACGAAGUUGAAGGAAAAGGCAGCAGCCUUCUUCAGAAACUGCUCUUGGACUGAGUCUCUUUGACCUGAUAUUUCCAGAUGUAGUUUAAUGGUCUUUGUAAUUCCAUUCAUCAACACUUGCUGAUCACAAUCCACAUUGACAGAAAAUAUUGUUUGGUGUGAUGUUCAUGUGAACUUCCAUCGCAAUUCACCAAUUUGUGCGACCCACAAAAAAAAAGGAUAAUUUUUAAACUGAAGACGGCAUCAUUUCCUGUAUGUGGGCUAUAUGCGCAUAUGAUCAUAUUACACUGUAAUUGCUUUGUGUUUGUUGAUCCAGUGGUUCAUCUAGCUGGUUCUCAUCCACUUUCAUGCAAUUUGAUUUUCACAAAAGACGAAAUGGAGUCGAUUUCUUUUCUAUUAAUGCUGCACUACAUUCUCUUGUGCCAGAAAGGUGAAUUAUCUGUACAAAUCACUGAAUAACAGUGAGUGAACUAGCAAAGGGGAUUGCAUGGAAUCUUUAUCGUAAGAGGCUUUGUCUAAUGCUAUAUGCCGGGUAACAUAGCAUGCAGAAUGUAUAGCGGGUCACACCAAAUGACGAUGAACAUCAAACUGAUGCCUAGGUACAUUACCACAUUCAUAGACUUUGAGAAGGAGGCUUGUUUUCACAAAUGCCACGAGAUGAAUUGAUGCUAUAUGCCAUAUGAUAUGUAUCAACUUGUGUUUGAUUGCAUUUCAAGAAGUAGUUUUGUUUUUUAGUCAUUUCAUCAGCUACAAAUCUGUUAUUCAUUCAUAAAAUUUGGUUCACCUUAUACAUACAAUACACCAAGCACGGAUGUGACAUCACUGUAAUAAUUACAUAAUUCCAGUAGCUUGUAACAGCAAUGUGUAACUUGAUAACCAAUUUUGUGCAACGGGAAUCUAUGUCAUGUGUUACACGGCACCAUUUGUAACAUGAAGAAAUCAAUUUUUGUGAAGCACAGUGAUGUCGAGAAAUCUUGCAAGUCCGAAUGUCCUUACUUUGUAUUCACAUCAUGUGCGUGCUAUCGGACAAUACUAUAUUCAGUUUCCUCUUCUUUACAAACUUUUUCUUCUCUAUACAUAAGAAAAAAAAUUGAAAAAAAAGAGACCUUUAUUAACCAUUUAUUGGAAAAAAAGGAUUAUCCUUGCAUGUUACACCAAGAGAUGCAGUAAUGAAUAUUUUUAUGAUGAGGGGUUUAGAUAAUCUCAGGGAACCUUUAAUUCCCCUCUAUCUCAUCUCGAAGACAAAAAAAUACAGAGAGGAUGUGAACAAGGUUUAAAGUGUUUUUCCUUUCUCCGAACGUUGUGAGACUUCUAGAACAUGCACUUUCAAAAUUGAUUGAAUUGAAAAUAUCAUAAUGGAUUUGACUCUGUAAUUUUGAUGAAUUAUUGAAAGAGUUGCCCACCAAACACAAACAAAAAAUGAUUGUUGUCAGUUAAUGCCAUUCUUACUCUUGGAAUGAUAUUUUUUUGUCUUUCUUGUCGUAUCCAGGAUUAAAAGUUAAAAUGAGAUUUGCUUUUGGAUUUGGCUAGUGUAAUGUAAGUUCGUUUCUGAGAUAGAAGCCAAAUAUCAUUUCAUAUCAUUGAGUUUUUGAAAAGAAUUGAUAAAUUAGAAUAGAGAGUGGUGGUAUAAACUCCCCUCUUUCUAUCUUUCCUCUUUCUUUUCUUUUUCUCUUCUCUUAUAUUAAGAUUGUAUUGCACAGAUGCCUGUACAGAUGAUGAUAUACAUGGUUGUAAAUAUGAAUAUAUGAAUAUAUAAUUAUUUCAAUGUUUUUAUAUGAGACUUAUUAUGAGUGAGCUUAUGAAUGAAAAAGAGAAUUACUUAUGUUGAGGUUGAGGGAGAGAGAGAGGAAGAGAGAGAGAGAGACAAUAUGUUAAUUGUAGUAUACUGAGAUUUUGAGUGACUCAAAUGCUGAAACAAAAUCAUUGUGUUUUGCAUAUAUGCUCCACCUGUUUGCUUCCCUGCAUUAUUUAGAAGAUAAUAAAUGAAUUUUUAUUUAAAAUUUUUAUUUCUUCCUCUUUAUUCUAUUUUCUCUGUAUUGCAAGAUAUUUUUGUGUUAUAUCUUCAUUGUUGUUACUGUUAUCACCCUAUACUUUGUAAAUAUGCCAAAAACUGUGCCGAGUAGUAAAAAGAUUUCUUGUAUCAUGGAAUAAAAUUCAAAGCUCAUGUACGUUUUGU